GUGUGAUUUCGAUCAUGCCGUUUCCCAUAAGUUGUUGGGGAAAGGCUAUCCUAUUCACGGGAACGAUCACCCAUUUGGCCACAUAUUAUAACUGGUGUGCCAACCCUAUCGCGUGGUUGGACUUCACCUCCGAUGGCCAUAAAGUCAAUCAACACAUCCAACGACUGUCCCAAUACAAGGAUGAACUCAAAAGUAGGAUCAUUUGGGUCACUGAUAUAGCCCGACACGAGGAUAAACAGAAAUAUGCAUGCUGUGCAUUUCAAGACUAUAGAAAAAAGAUCUACGCGGAGGUCCCGAAGGCGUUGAGUUAUAUUAAGGCUUAUAUGGACAGGCUAUAUAAACUGUGCGAGAUGAUUUUCUGCAUUGAAUACCAGUACGAGUCUAAAGCCUGUGCCGAUACUGACAUAACGCCCACAAAUCGCGUACCGGAGCAUGACUGCCUGUCCAGUCCUAACUACGUUGAUAUUCCUGACUCACCCGAUGGUCAGACUAUUAGGCCUAUUGGCAAUGGGCGACCGGUUUGGGACGCGGAUGAUCACGAUAAUGAUGUUCCCAAAGUUGGUGUUCCCAAAGGAACCAUUAAAAGUAGACAUGGAUUUGGAAAGGGACUAUCAUGGUUAGGCAUACCCAAUGAUGGCAUAUUUAAAAAGGCUGGUAAGAAAAUUGGACAUAUAAUUGGCACCGGUAGUCAAGUGAUUUCAAAAUGGGAAAUGAGUGGACUAGCCCAGGCCCUGGAUGAUAGGUUUGCCAUGAUAGACAGAUUGGAUGAACCCUACUCAGGAGUUCCCAUGGAUUUAGGCGGACAUGUUCUGAGUUGUGCUGAAUUCAUAUACUCGGGGACAUAUUGCUUUUUCUAUAUCAUUCUCCGAUACCCACUGAAAAUCCUAUCGAAGGCCAUACUAUUGGUGGGAACGGUAACCCAUUUGGCCACAUAUGCCAACUGGUGUGCCAACCCUAUCGCGUGGUUGGACUACACGAGUGACGGGAGAAAAGUGAACAAUCAUAUGAAACAAUUGGCUCAUUAU